AUGAAGUAUUUGCUGUUAUUUAUAAAGUUGCUUGGCUUGUUUGUUUGUAGACAUUUUACUUCGCUUCGGGGAGAGUCUAUGGAUAGUCAGCUUACACGAGCAGACAAGCGAAGAAGGAAGAAGAAGGAGAGAAAAAGGAAGCAACGCCAGUUGUUUGCUAUUUCUACAAAAACAAAUUCCAUUGUGUCAGAAAACGACAAAGACUCAGAGGAGAGUUCUGUAAAUGAGGAAGAAAGGGUUUCCGUCACAGUUCCUUCUAUCUGCGAGGAAUGCAGUGAAAAUAAGGUUCAGUACCAUUGUUUGGACUGCAAGCAUUAUUAUUGUUCGAGUUGCUAUGAACGAAUUCACCGAGAGCUAAUAAAGGAGAAGAGAGAAACACAUCCAAAUUGUAUUGAUCUCCUCGAAGAGAAAGAAAGGGAAAAGAGCACGCCGAUUGUGAGUCAGAUGGAGGUUCUCGCGCGCAAUAUCGGGUUUGUUCCCAGUCGGUCAGAAAGUCAUUCUACAGAAGAAGUGAAGCCAAUUUGUCCUCAGCCCAAGCAGCACAACGGACUACGUUGCAAGAAGUGUUUUGAGUUGCUCGUUCGUGACGAUGAGUUCUUGUUUGCAGGUGGCUUGCUGCUCGUGAAUCCCAUUAUUUUAGUGAAACACGGAUGGAAAGGACUUCACGAGAAGGGUGGCGUGGUAUUCUGUAAAAAUAUGCACAAUGUGGGGAGAUUAGCGAGAGCGACCUAUGCAAAUCAAGGAAUUCCAUUUUAUCGACUUCGCGGUGAGAAGACGACUUGGGAGGAAAAUUACAUCAAGAAUCCGCAAUUCAGGGACUCCGAAAUAAUCAGAAACAAACCCAUUGGGAUUACUCGUCCGCUAAUGCCCUGCGAACUGGAAGAAUUGAGGCAAAAGGAAUCAAAUCGAAGGUGACUGUAUGGAAAUCGAUAUAACAA